AUGAAGAAUUAUAUUAAUGAUGACUUCGAUCUUCAUGUUAGAGGUAAUAUUGAAGGACGUGAACAAAAAUUGACAAAUGAGAGAGAGAAAUUUCAAUCGGUGGGAGGAAAGCUCGAUGGAUAUGAAAGAAUUGAUGUUGAACGGGUGCUCAUCACACACUCAAUGAACAAGAAGCCAAUUGGUAUUCCUUCCAGAGAAAUAGAAAUCAAUGAACGUCAAUUUAUUGAAGACGAAAAGGACCCCACCUCACCUUUUAAACAACCCCAAGGCGAAAUUUAUACUUUUUCAGAUGAAGAAUGUAAGGAGUGGUUAUGUGCUCCUUCCUAA